AUGAUAGAUCAUAAUAAUAUUAUAAUUGGUAAUUCAAUUAAUAGUAAAACAUUUUCAUUAAUUGAAUCAGUAAAGAAUGGUAAAUUAAAAGAAUGUAUUGGAUAUUUAGAAAAGAUUAGAUUACAAAAUCCGUCAUUAGAUUUAGGAGAAAUAAUAAAUAGUGGUGAUGACUGUGGCAAUACAGCAUUGCAUUGGGCAUGUUAUAAGAAAUGGUAUGAUAUUGUAAAGUAUUUACUAUCGAUGGGGGCCGACCCGAAUAUAGCAAACACUGAUGAAUUACAAACACCAUUUCAAUGGGCAUGCAUCGGUGGUGAUCUCCACAUAGUGAAAUACGUACUCAACAAUGGCGGCGACCCACACCUCCAAGACAAGCGUGGCUACAAUUCACUAAUUCACGCCACACAGUAUAAUGAAAUCAGCGUAGUUCGUUAUCUGUUGGAUAAAGGCGGUGUAAAUGUAGACUCGCCCGAUUUCCUACAAAAAACGUCUCUCCACUGGGCUGCCUACCAAGGUCAUACCCAACUCCUACUCUUUCUAGUCAACAAAGGUGCCGACAUCAACGCCUUGGACUCCCUCGGCCGUUCUCCAUUGCAUUGGGCUGCCUUCAAAGGUAACUCUGACCCAAUUAAAGCACUCUGUGAUUUUGGAUCAAAAACUAUGGAAAAAGAUUCAAACAAUCAAUCUCCAUCUGACAUCUGUUCUUCUCAAAAUCAUAAUUAUCUCGCUCAUUUCAUUAAAACAUUUAAUUAUCAUCCAUUUAGAAAAGUUGGUCCUUUAUUAUAUAAUAUAUUUUGGAUUAUUUUUGCAAUUUUAUUACAAUUAUAUUUUGGAUUUAUAUUUUAUCAUUUUACAUUAAUACCAGCAUUGAUAUUAUUUGGAGCAAGUUUAACAUGUUGCAAAUUAUUUAUUGAACCAAUUACAUUGUCAAAUUCACCAAAUCCAUUAUUACCAACAUGGAUGAUAACUUCAUUUACGGUGUCAUUCGUAUACUAUGUUAGAUAUGUGGUACCAGCAUUUCCAAAUAUAAUUCUAACACAUACGAUCACAUUGUUUGUUUAUUCAAGUUACUAUUAUUGUGCAUUUAAAUUGUUUUUCAGUGAUCCUGGUACGGUUUCCUCUUCUACGACAUCACAAGAUUCAAAGGAUUUCAUUAAUGCCGUCGAAAAGGAAUUGGAAAUACCAGAGGUUUGUUCAACUUGUUUAAUCAAUAAACCAAUUCGUGCAAAACAUUGUAGAACUUGUAAAAGAUGUGUAGCAAGAUUCGAUCAUCAUUGUGCUUGGAUUAAUAAUUGUGUUGGUGUAAAUAAUAAUUUAUUAUUCAUAAUUUUAUUAUGUUUAUUCAGUUUAGCUUAUAUUAUUAGUGUAACUUUUAAUUUUAAAUUAAUGUCAAUUGAUGAGAAUUCGCCAUUAUAUUCAGAAGGUAAAAUGGAAUGGUGGACAUAUCACUAUUCAACUUAUAAAGGUUUAAUUUUAUUUACAAUUUAUAAAUCAUUCAUUAUGGCAUGGUUAGCAAGAUUAUUAUAUGUACAAAUAACUGGUGUAAUUAAUAAUGUCACAAUGUUUGAAUUAAUGAAACCACCAAAAGGUUCAAAGAAGAAAUGUUGUAAUCAUGCUCCACAAGAUCAAAAUAAUAAUAAUAAUAAUAAUAAUACUACUACUAAUAAUAGUAGUAGUAGCAGUAGUAGCAAUAAUAAUAGUACAGGUACAAAUAAUGAUAAUAAUAAUAAUAAUAAUUUAGGUACAAGUAGUAAUGAAAGUGGUCAAUCAAAUUGUAAUAUUGAUCAACAUAAUGAUCAUGAUGGUCAAUCAAGUGAACCAUUAUUAAAUGAAGUUUCAAUUCAAAUUCGUAGUGAAAAUGGAGUUGAGGAGGAUGAUGAUGAUGAAAAUAAUAAAAAUCCUUCAAAUAAAUCAUUUAAUAAAAACUCUAGAGAUUUAGAUCCAACUCAAACUAAUUUUAGAGAUUCAAUUUUAAUUCCAAAAAGAACAAAUAAUAAUGAAAAUCCAUAUGAUAAAGGUUCAAGAGAAAAUAUUAGAGAAUUCCUUUAUGAUACUUCAAAAUGGUUUAGAACUACAACUUUUAGUAAUAAAAACUUUUAA